AACUAUUCCCAUUCUCUCAAAAAUCGCUCCUUUUGUCCCUCCGCCGUCGGGAACACCCGGUGGGGAACUUAUUUCCCUUUCGCAUUUCUUUUUCUCCCCCGACAAAAUCCCGUCGAAGCCACCAAGGCGGCCGGCGCCGGGCGCGCGCACGCUUCGGCAGGCCGAGGCCGUGGUGUCCCUCCGCCGUCGGGUGUCCGCGGGACUCCUUUUCGUAUCCUUCCACCGAUCCCGGGCGGUGUCCAGGUGGCUCACCGGAGGCGGCGGCGCGUCUGCGGUGCGGCCGGCGAGGCUCCCGGGCUAUGAGGUGAGGACACCCGGGACCGAGGCGGCACCGCGCGGGGCAAGCACUCGGGACGUAGAGCUCCGAAGCUGGCGGACGCCUUUCGGACCUCGCGGCCGUGCGUGAGGCGAAGGAGAGAACAUUGAAGUUAUUCUCUAAGCUAUUAGAAGAGAGUGACUAAAUGCACCUGGGUCAGGCUGUCUGUGGGUAUGAAGUGGUUGGGAGAAUCCAAGAACAUGGUGGUGAAUGGCAGGAGAAAUGGAGGCAAGUUGUCUAACGACCAUCAGCAGAAUCACUCAAAACUACAGCACACUGGGAAGGACACCCUAAAGGCUGGCAAAAACGCAGUCGAGAGGAGGUCAAGCAGAUGUAAUGGUAAUUCAGGAUUUGAAGGACAGAGUCGUUAUGUACCAUCUUCUGGAAUGUCUGCCAAGGAGCUCUGUGAAAAUGAUGACCUAGCGACCAGUUUGGUUCUUGAUCCCUAUUUAGGUUUUCAAACACAUAAAAUGAAUACUAGCGCCUUUCCUUCGAGGAGCUCAAGGCAUUUUUCAAAAUCUGACAGUUUUCCUCACAACAACCCUGUGAGAUUUCGGCCUAUUAAAGGAAGGCAAGAAGAACUAAAGGAAGUAAUUGAACGUUUUAAGAAAGAUGAACACUUGGAGAAAGCCUUCAAAUGUUUGACUUCAGGUGAAUGGGCACGACACUAUUUUCUCAACAAGAACAAAAUGCAGGAGAAAUUAUUCAAGGAACAUGUAUUUAUUUACUUGCGAAUGUUUGCAACUGACAGUGGAUUUGAAAUAUUGCCAUGUAAUAGAUACUCAUCAGAACAAAAUGGAGCCAAAAUAGUUGCAACAAAAGAGUGGAAACGAAAUGACAAAAUAGAAUUACUGGUGGGUUGUAUUGCCGAACUUUCAGAAAUUGAGGAGAACAUGCUACUUAGACAUGGAGAAAACGACUUCAGUGUCAUGUAUUCCACAAGGAAAAACUGUGCUCAACUCUGGCUUGGUCCUGCUGCGUUUAUAAACCAUGAUUGCAGACCUAAUUGUAAGUUUGUGUCAACUGGUCGAGAUACAGCAUGUGUGAAGGCUCUAAGAGAUAUUGAACCUGGAGAAGAAAUUUCUUGUUAUUAUGGAGAUGGGUUUUUUGGAGAAAAUAAUGAGUUCUGCGAGUGUUACACUUGUGAAAGACGGGGAACUGGUGCUUUUAAAUCCAGAGUGGGACUGCCUGCGCCUGCUCCUGUUAUCAAUAGCAAAUAUGGACUCAGAGAAACAGAUAAACGUUUAAAUAGGCUUAAAAAGUUAGGUGACAGCAGCAAAAAUUCAGACAGUCAAUCUGUCAGCUCUAACACUGAUGCAGAUACAACUCAGGAAAAAAACAAUGCAACUUCUAACCGAAAAUCUUCCGUUGGUGUGAAAAAGAACAGCAAGAGCAGAACGUUAACGAGGCAGUCUGUGUCAAGAAUUCCCGCCUCUUCCAGCUCUACCUCAUCCAAGCUAACUCACAUAAAUAAUUCCAGGGUACCAAAGAAACUGAAAAAGCCUGCAAAGCCUUUACUCUCAAAGAUAAAAUUAAGAAAUCACUGCAAGCGGCUGGAGCAAAAGAAUGCUUCAAGAAAACUCGAAAUGGGAAAUUUAGUACUUAAAGAACCUAAAGUAGUUCUGUAUAAAAAUUUGCCCAUUAAAAAAGAUAAGGAGCCAGAGGGACCAGCCCAAGCUGUGGUUGCUAGCGGGUGCUUGACCAGGCACGCAGCACGAGAACACAGACAGAAUCCUGUACGAGGUGCUCUUUCGCAGGGGGAGAGCUCGCCCUGCACCUACAUAACCCGGCGGUCAGCAAGGACAAGAACGAGUCUGCAGGAGGCCUCUGACAUCAAGCUUGAACCAAAUACGUUGGAUGGCUAUAAAAACAGUGUGGCGGAAUCUUGCCCAGACAGCGGGGAGCAAGCAGCUCCCGCUGUGCAGGAAGAAGAACCGGCUCAUGAGACUGCACAAAAGGGGGAGACAAAGUGUCACAAAAAUGACACUGGCGUGUCCAAAAAGAAGUCACGACAGGGAAAACUUGUGAAACAGUUUGCAAAAAUAGAGGAAUCCACUCCAAUGCAUGAUUCUCCGGGGGAAAAUGAUGCAGUGCCAGAUCUGAUGGGGCCCCAUUCUGCCCAGGGCGAGCACAGUGGCACGUCAGGUGUGCCUGUGAGCUACGCAGACUGUGCUCCUUCAUCUGUCGGUUGUGCAGUGGUCACAUCAGAUAGCUUCAAAACAAAAGAUGGCUUUAGAACUGCAAAAAGUAAAAAGAAGAGGCGCAUUACAAGGUAUGAUGCACAGCUGAUCCUAGAAAAUAACUCUGGGAUUCCCAAAUUGACUCUUCGGAGGCGUCAUGACAGCAGCAGCAAGACAAAUGACCAAGAGAGUGACGGAAUGAAUUCUUCAAAAAUAAGCAUCAAGUUAAGUAAAGACCAUGAAAAUGAUAAUAAUCUCUACGUAGCAAAGCUUAAUAAUGGAUUUAACUCAGGAUCAGGCAGUAAUUCUACAAAGUUAAAAAUCCAGCUAAAACGGGAUGAAGAAAGUAGGGGAUCUUAUGCAGAGGGGCUUCAUGAAAAUGGGGUGUGCUGCAGCGAUCCUCUUUCUCUCCUGGAGUCUGGAAUGGAGGUAGAUGAGUACAGUCAGUAUGAGGAAGAAAGUACAGAUGAUUCCUCCUCUUCUGAGGGAGAUGAAGAGGAAGAUGACUAUGAUGAUGACUUUGAAGAUGAUUUUAUUCCUCUUCCUCCAGCUAAGCGAUUGAGGCUAAUAGUUGGAAAAGACUCUAUAGAUAUUGACAUUUCUUCAAGGAGAAGAGAAGAUCAGUCUUUAAGGCUUAAUGCAUAAGCUCUUGGUCUUAAUUUGACCUGGGAUAACUACUUUAAAGAAAUAAAAAAUUCCAGUCAAUUAUUCCUCAACUGAAACAUUUUAGUGGCAGCACUUCUAUUGUCUCUUCACUUAUCAGCAUAAUAUUGUAGAAAGUGUACAGCAUACUGACUCUUCUUAAGUCUGAUUUGUGCAAAUUUUUAUCGUACUUUUUAAAUAGCCUUCUUACGUGCAAUUCUGAGUUAGAGGUAAAAGCCCUGUUGUAAAAUAAAGGCUCAAGCAAAAUUGUACAGUGAUAGCAACUUUCCACACAGGACGUUGAAAACAAUAAUGUGGCUACACAAUUUUUUUUUAACUUUUAAGAGCAUUAGUUGGCUCUUUAAUAUAUGUCUAAAUAAUAAUUUAAAACAAAUCAUAGUAGCAGCAUAUUAAGAUUUUCUAGUAUGCUAAUAUCACCAGCAACGAUCUUUGGCUUUUUGAUUUAUUUGCUAGAUGUUUCCCCUCCUUGGAGUUUGUCAGUUUCACACUGUUUGCUGGCCCAGGUGUACUGUUUGUGGCCUUUGUUAAUAUAGCAGACCAUUGGUUGGGAGUCAGAUUGGUUUCUUCAAAAAAAAAAAAAAUACAUUUACACGCGUGACAGCUCACUUUCAGUACAUUAUAUGUACAAAGGUAGCAGUGUGCAGGAUGAGUUUCGAUACGGCGUAUUUAUUGCUUGUCAUGUAAAUUAAAGACCUUGUAUUUAACUCUUUUCAACCCUUUUAGAUAAAAUUGUUCUUUGCAAGAAUGAUUGGUGCUUAUUUUUUCAAAAUUUGCUGUGAACAAUGUGAUGACAACAGGCAACGUUUAUCUAAUGAACUACAGCUAUCUUAAUUUGGGUCUUCAAGUUUUCUGUUGCACUUGUAAAAUGCUACAAGGAAUAUUAAAAAAAAUCUAUUCACUUUAACUUAUAAUAGUUUAUGAAAUAAAAACAUGAGUCACAGCUUUUGUUCUGUGGUAACCUAUAAAAAUGUUUGUCUUUGAAAUUCAGUGUAAACAACUGAAAACAAUGUAUAUGUUGUAAAUAUUUGUGUGUUGUGAGGAAUUUUUGUCAUAAGAAAUUAAAAGAACUUACCAGGAAGGUUUUUAAGUUUAGAAAUAUUCAUGCCAAUAAAAUAGGAAAUUAUAAAUAUAUAGUUUUAAGCACUGCAUCAGUGGGAGUUCUUGGCUUAUGUUAGUUUAUUAUGAAAAUAUCAAAGAUUUUUUGACUAUAUUUUCAGUUAAACAAAAAGAGUCAGAUUUAAUUUGUUUUUUGAAGCACUUUGAGAAGAGAAAUUAAUUUUAAGUAACUUAAUGAGCAAAUUUUUUGAUUACUACUUUAUGUUCAAUACCAGGCUCUUUUCAUUUCUCUGGGUUACUUUACAAAUCACUGGGCAAAAGAUUUGGGAAUAUAAAUCUGUAACAGGUGUUUGACACCAGUGGGUCUCUAUUUCUGGGGAAACGUGUAUGUGUACUUUCAGACACAGUGUUCCUAAGUAAAAUCCAUUUAGGGGAUUUGUAUAGUAUCUAUAGAAAAGUAGCCCAUGUCUUAAAAUGUUAAAAGGAAUCUGCAGGUAAUGAAAAGUCCAGUGGAGAAAACCUCAAUGCUUACUGUUACUACAAUUGAUUCCUACCAGUUUCCAGGUUUGAGGGACAUUAUUUAAAUUAAGCUCCUUAAACCUCUUGCCCAUAGGUUCCAAAUAGAAAUUAAUAAGGUUCAUUAAAAGUUUUUAAAGUUUAGGUGGUUUUCUUUUGCCUAUGUUCUCUAAGGAAUUACUUCCGUAGUCUUACAUGGUCUCAUCCUUGUUUGUUAUGGUGCAGUCUAAUUCCUCAGGUAUUAAUUUGGAAGCACAUAGUAGACUUCCUUCCAGCCACACCCCCUUCUGCCGCAUCUGGAGGUCGUCACCUCAUGAGGGAGAGCAGCCCCUGGUCUCAGGAGCACCUGUCCCCAGGCACCUGGAGCACUUGGCAGCCCACAGCCAGUCCUGGGCUCCCUGUGUCUGGAGAGUGCUGGAGGGCAGUGGGGCGCCUCUUCUUUUCCCACCUUAGUUUGGGGUGUUUUGAAGAGUUUCAGAGACUAACACUUUAUUUGAAUACCAACAAUAGCCAUUUCAGGAAUUUCAAUCUUAAGAAAAAGUAACAAUACAUUUCCCAUUUUUCUUCAUUUUUAAGCUUACUUUUAGUAACUUAUUUAUGAUAUUUUAAUUUUAUUGUGGCCUCGUCUUUUGAGGCUGACCUUCCCAUGGGUCUCAGAGCAGUGACAUUUGGUAACGAAUCACUGCCUCUCAGGAGUUGGUAUGCACAAGCACUCAGCAGCCACUGUUGAUGCCUUCUAGGGAAACCUAAUUUCCGUUCUUAAAGGUAGGGGCCUCCGAACUGUUCUAGAUCUGCUGUAGAACUUCACUGUGCGGAAUGGUGAAAUCCACACACUGUUGACCAGUUUGGAAGAGGUUGCAUUCAAUAAAACUAGCUUGAGCUUAUGCAAUGAUUCGUUAAGAUUUUGGCAUUGUAAGAAUUAGGAAAUGAUCAUAGAAAUAUAUGUAAAGUAUUCAAUUUUCAAUCAUUUUUCAAAUUACUGUUUUAAAUUGUUUUGCUGAGUUGUAAUACUUUUGAGAUACAAUGUAUUCCUUGUACUGAAAGAAUGAAAGGACUUUUUCAGCAUUUGAGGUAAGUUCUUUAACGUUUCAUUAAAAACAUUUUUUACAAAUAUUUUGUACAUGCACUUGCAGUAUUGAGGUUAAUCAUUUUAAUAAAUUCGGAAAUUAAAACAA